AGGAUCCCAGAAAAUCAGAGUGCUGAAGUCACCUUCAUCCUCUUGGGCUUCUCAGAAUAUCCGGACCUCCAGGUGCCCUUGUUCCUGGUCUUCCUGACCAUCUACACAGUCACGGUGCUGGGGAACUUGGGCAUGAUCGUCAUCAUCAGGAUGAACCCCAAACUGCACACCCCCAUGUACUUUUUCCUUAGCCACUUGUCCUUUGUUGAUUUCUGUUACUCUACAGUAGUGACACCAAAACUCCUAGAAAACUUAGUUGUGAAAGAUAGAACCAUCUCCUUCACAGGAUGUAUCUCCCAGUUCUUCUUUGCGUGUGUAUCUGUGGUGACAGAAACAUUUAUGUUGGCAGUGAUGGCCUAUGACCGAUUUGUGGCUGUUUGUAACCCUCUGCUCUACACAGUGGUCAUGUCUCAGAGGCUUUGCUCCUUGUUGGUGGGUGUGUCUUACACUUGGAGUAUCAUCUGUUCUUUGACAUACACACACUUUUUGCUGACCUUAACCUUUUGUGGGACGAACUUCAUAAAUAACUUUGUCUGUGAGCAUGCUGCCAUUGUUGCUGUGUCUUGCUCUGACCCCUACAUUAGCCAGAAGAUUAUUUUAGUCUCUGCCACAUUCAAUGAAAUAAGCAGCCUGAUGAUCAUUCUAACUUCCUACAUUUUCAUUUUUGUCACUGUCAUGAAAAUGCCUUCAGCUGGGGGACGGCAGAAAGCUUUCUCCACAUGUGUCUCCCACCUGACUGCUAUUACCAUUUUCCAUGGUACCAUCCUUUUUCUUUACUGUGUUCCUAACUCCAAAAGUUCAUGGCUUAUGGUGAAGGUGGCCUCUGUCUUUUACACAGUGGUCAUCCCCAUGCUUAACCCUCUCAUCUACAGUCUUAGGAACAAAGAUGUGAAGGAGACGGUCAGGAAGUUAGUCAAAAGCAAAUUAUGUUAUAAAUUAUAA